ACCGGUUUUACUGCUUGGGAAGUAAGCAGUCGUGUUUGUGAUACGUGCUCGUGUGACAAGUGCAAACAGCAGUAUGUUAAACAAAACUUGAAACUGGGCACCGGUUUUUCCCAACAUUAUGUACAUGCCGAGUGGAGACUGAUUAUGCAAGAAGAUAACACGAAGACCACACUGCGUCUUCAAACUACAUGUUGUUCGCUGUCUGCUUAGCCUAAGCCCCAAACAGCUGACGAACUGGUCAUAGAAGCAGAUGGCUUACCACCCUAUGGUCACCACCACAUCUGGUGUGUCAUUGACAGGCUGGCUGGCUCUUGUGUACACAUCACGCAAGCUGUUCCGCUGUGUCUGAUCCUACUGUGGGUUCUGGGUCUUCAGCCUCAAAGAACCCCAAUAGAUCGAACAGCCAGCAGGAGAUGUCAGAGGCAGGAGUGGUUGGUGCUCACAGCAGCUCAUCAGAGUCCAGCACAACCACCGUGGCCUCUGCGCUAGUCACAUCCACCAACUCCUCACACAGCCAGGUCUGCCCGCACUGCCACAAAGUAUUGGUGGGGGAGGAUGCACUUGUGGUACACAUCAAAGAGGAACAUCCAGCCAGCAUGGUGAUGACCAGCUCCACCUCAUCGACAGCAGUGCUGGUCUGCAGCAACAAGUCAGAGGGGCUGAAGAGACGCAUCUCAGUGGCUCGUGGUGGUCUGCUGGAUGGGACACUGAGUAACCAGCUGAAGAGCAAGAUUAGCUCAGGGCUCAACCAGCCGACACAGAGCCUGCUGCAGAAGCAGAUGGCGCUCAGCGCUGUGCCCAUCUCCACAUCCACAUCAGGGUCAUCGUUGGCAGGCAGGCUGGGCCCCGUGUCCACCUUGGAGUCAGCGAAGAAGAUGAGACGGCUGAUUCCAAAGCAGAGCCCCACGAUCAGCAUGUAUUACUUGUACCCCUACAUCUGCUUCUACUGCGGUUUUUGGUUCAAACAACAGAGCACUCGUAACAGGCAUAUAGUACAUGCACACUGGAAUGAGGUCAACUCCUCCAAAUCGAAGCAAAGCUCAAAGCAGGCAGAACCAGAUGAUGCAUCCAGCAGUGAAGAUUCUGACCACAGCUCUGGCAUCAACAUCGGCACACUGCAGGAAGUUUUGGCUUACAGCAAAGUGGAGCGCAGCUGUCCUGAACCCCAGCCAGAAGUGCUGUCUCCCACACAGGUCACAGGCCACAAUGGCUGCGGCGGGGAAGGUGCUGCAUCCGGUUGUGCCACCGUCACGUGUCCGCCCGACAAGGAGACGAUAAAGCAGAAAGCAGCGGUGACACCAAGUGUGCAGAGGAGUUGGAGUGGGCGCUGUGGGGUGUCACAGGCCAAACGUGUGACGCGGUUCCCACUGCCACCAGCAUCCAGUGAGAAGGGUGCUGCCAAGCUGGUAAAUGAGGCUGCCGCCAGCCUGCCGCCUGUGGAAACUGACCCAGUCAUGUCUCCGAAGCAGGAGAAUGAGUUUGUGUGUGUUGAUGAACAAAUCCCGGUUCUGCACAAGUGUGACUUGCCCAAUUGCCUCAGUAAUGCACAGGAUCCCUUAAGAAUUGAUGAAGAGAUUGAGGCAGUUGCUGAGGAUCCACUUCACAUUUGUAAUCUGCAGAGCAUUAAGAAAGAGGUUCUCGAAGGUCCAGUGUUCAGUGGCUGCGUCAAAGAGGAUCCAGAACUAGAUUUAGGAGUUAAUAUAACUGACACUAAAGAAGCAGCAACAAGAGGAAAUUCUUCAGAUAUUACACGAAAUGUGCUGCAUGAGUGCUGAUUUGGUGGACCAAAGCCUGGAGGCAGUACAGACACCAUAUAAAGACACAGAAUAACCCAAUAUUCUUUCACCAGACAAUCAGGACAAGUGGGGUGGUGGCUGCCACCCACACAUACUUUUACAUUGGUGCUUGUGAGACUACUUACAUUUUAAUUUACUUCUGUUAAAGGGGGACAGGGGUGGGUACAGCAGUGUGCUGAAAUAUUUCAUAUUUCGUCCUCUUUACUCUUAUCUCAGUAAUUAAGUUUUUCACUGUGUAGUUAUUCAGACAAAAUGCUGUAUAUUUAUUCUCCAGUAAUUAUUUUUUUAGACAAAGCCACACACUCCUCAAGAGAAAAAAAAUAUACUGGUAAUAAUGUGCAUACUUAAGUGAAGCCUAACACUUGCAUUAUAGCAAGUGAUCAAAAUAUUGUACACCAUACUUACUAUAUCCUGUUUGUAAGUGUUCACCCAUGAAGAAGAGGAGUUCAUUGAAGCAGAUAUAUAGGUGGCCAUCCUCUAAAACUGUGUGCAUACAUCCAUUCUGUGCUCUAUAACUUCUAACUCAAGGGAACAAUAUUUGACAACUGUUCAGUAACAAAAAAGAUCAUUACAUUUAAACACUGUUUACUUCACUUGCACCAAUACUGUGCCUAAUUAGUCUGUCAGUCAAACAACACACCUCUUAGCCAUAUAGAUCAGCUUCUUUCAUGAAGUUCAUGCUGAAAAAAAUAAUUAUAUAAUUCUUCACAAUUAUAUUCACAAAAUAGCUUCCAAGAAAUCUCAUCUGCUCAAAACACUUC